GUCAACGUCAGUAAAUAAAUAUGUUGUACGUCAGAAGUCAACAUAAAAAAAUAAAUUUUAAAAUGUAAUAUUUACAAAUGCUAGGAAAUUGAUUUUAAAAUAUAUUAUGGACUUCUUUCUUAAUUAGUCAUAAGUGGGAAUAUUAUGCAUUGCAUUAACAUCAGCUCAAAAUGUUCAGUAAACGAAAUCAAUUAGAUGUCAAAAAAUCUACCUCAAAAAUACAAGAUCCUAAAAAAGACUUGGCCACCAGAAUAAAACAUUUAAAAAUUAUAUUAGAUAACGUUGAUGUAUUAGAAGCCAAGGGAUUUUUUGAAGCCAACUUCAGUCAUGUUUACAACAUACUGUAUGAUAGUUUUAUUCAAGCCGAGUACAAUUUGCGCCAACGAGAACUCUCUUUUCAUCUUGUUCAUAAAGCCCAUAAGGAAGAACUAGAAUGUGCAUUAUGGAUUUUGGAACAAGUGUUGAGUUUACUACCGGAACUCAUUCACAAAAGAUGGCAAAUGCACUCUUUGGGAAGGAUCUUGAACAAACUUCUUCACACUGGGAACUCUGUAAAGUUGAGAAGACAGGGUAUCCGUUACUUUUUGAUGUGGUAUCAAGCAUUAAAUGAGAAUGCACCUGACUACGUUGAUGGAAUGUAUGCAUCUUUGGUACCAGGAUUCAUCAAUCCAUCGGCAGUCACCGUACAGCCAACUGGAAUGAGCAUAUUUCAUGAUACAAAUGUUCAUCAUCCUGUUACAUCUGCUGAACUUUUACCCAUUUUACCACCCUCAACCUCAGAAAAACCACCUGAUCACCCAAGCAAGCUGUUUCUAGAGGCUCUCUUGGAACAUAUGGUCCAAUCUGUUGUUAAGCUUGAAUGGCAUGAUAAGCCUGCUUAUUAUAGCCGAUGUUUUCAUUUUUUGUUAGAGAAGUUCAAAGUUUAUUAUUUGCCGAAAAUUUGCCCAAAUUUCAGCUUGGAGACUUCCCUGUAUAAUCCCAUGUUGGACUUACCAGUGAUGAGGAAAGCUGAAGCAGAGAGUGAAUUUGUUUAUUGUAGAGUCACUUUAAUCAUGUGGCUCACAAAUUAUGUUCACCAAACUAAAAAAAAUAUGGAUACCGGCCAACCUUCGAUAGGCAUACAUUCCACACUGAAAGAACACGAAGAAGAAGGACAUCAUGAAUCGGCUCAUCCAAGUUUAGAUUCAAAUUUGUCGCUCCAAAUAAACCGUACCCCAUCUGACGAGGUCUUAGCUGCUCAAAUUGUGAGGGAGGUGUUGUAUAGUUCCAGGGACAAUGUGAAUUUCCUCCAUGAGCUUUUUAGACAAGCCUUUCUGUUGAAUUUCAACCAUGUAAUAGCCAUUAAGAAAACUAUUCAGGUGUAUAAAGAUUUGAUACAGCUGAAUAUUCCUGAAAUGCCUCCCUACAUGUUGGAAUUGCCUGAUGAUAUGAGACUCCCAGAAGAUUUUGGUCAUGACACAAGACCUCCAAGAUUAAGGAACGAUUCUUAUUUGGGUGCAAUCAACAAAGAGAAUUUAUUAGUGAGAGCUGGCAUGCAGAAUGUUCUGCAAUUAUUCAUGACGCACGCCGCAAAUGUCUUUCUGCUGGAGGUUAAUCAGCACAUUCCGAAGAUGUUAGAGGAACAGACUGAUGCUUGCAAAAGGGUACUUAAUAUUUAUCGAUAUAUGGUUAUGAAUACUAGAAUGGACAGUGGUACAUGGGAACAAUUGUUGGUAGUUUUAUUACAAAUUACAUCACUGGUUUUGAACGAAAAUCCUCCUAAAAAAAAGAUGCAGACCCUCGGUGGAAAAUUGGCACCGGCAAUUUUCCAAACUCUCAUUGUGACAUGGAUCAAGGCUAAUUUGAAUGUUUUGAUAUCUCAAGAAUUAUGGGAUAGGUUUCUACACGUUCUUGUUUCUCUCACUAACUGGGAGGACCUCAUCAAGGAAUGGGCGAAAACGAUGGACACCUUGACAAGGGUAUUGGCCAGACAUGUUUACGAGUUAGAUCUAACGGAUCUCCCGUUGGACAGGUUGGCGGAACAAAAAAACAAAAGAAUGGGUCGAAGGCCCACCAGUAGACCUGAAAGCGGCCUUACUGGACAGGCUUUCGAGAAUAAUCAUCCAACCAGCACCAGGCAAGAAUCGGUUAUUAGCGAUGGAAGUAGUGGGAUAAGAAGAAGGCGAUCUACACUUUCAAGGAGCUCUAGCGAAACGGAUUUGUACGAAAAAAGAAAACAAGUGCACAGACCUAGAAAUACACUGGUCAGGCACAGAAGGUCAUUAUCACUGGAUAGUUUGAUGGUCCAUGACGUUGAGUCGAUAGAUAGGAGCAGGUCUCCUAGUCCAGCGCCAUCUAGCGGUGUUGAAUGUAAUUCCAUCAAGGAUUCGCCGCUCCAACUCGACAUGAUGGCUGAACACCAUCAUCAUCAUUUGGAAAGUCCCUCGUUUGGGGAAAAAAGGGGGGUGGUGUGUGGGGGAAGCGUCAGAGGGUGGCUACCCGAUGUGGCCGUAAUACUUUGGAAAAGAAUGCUGGGGGCGCUAGGGGAUGUUAACAGUAUUGCUGAUUACAAACUUCAUCAUCAAGUAUUCCAAUAUCUUGUGAAGUUAACUGAUACGUUAAUCAAGAUUAAGCACAAUCAGGGUGUAUCUUCGGACAAUUUAAGCACACCGCAACCACCCGAAUUGGUACCACCUUUAACAUUAAUUCUUCCAUGGUGUUUUGGAGCUCUAAUAUUACCUGAGGUAUACGAACCAGGCAAAUUGGAUGCUCUGAGAUUACUAUGUACAAUAACUCUAAACUGUGAUUCCAAAUAUAGGACUUAUUUACCCCAGUUUUAUCAUUUUUUGCAUUUAGCUUUAACAGGUCCGUCCAAAUCUUACCUGAAUACAGCUUUAAAGCAUCUAGGUCCCAGAUUCCUUUCUCUUCAACUGCCAGGCUCCUCUAUUCUAAUCCUAGAUCUCAUACAUGCCUGUAAUACUGUCUUGAAUUCCACCGAAUCCUUGGAGACUUCUCCGAGGACUGAGGCUGUUUCGAUAAUAGCGAACUUAUUGAGCAAGCCGAACGAUUUGAAUUCCCUUUAUGUUCUGCAACCUGAACGAGAUAUGCACCUGAUGGCUUGUCCGGAUAUUAAGGAACAUGUCGUGAGUAUUCUUCUCAGAGCCGGAAGGAGAGAAGCAAGAGGAAAGGCAAGAUCUAUAGCUCUCUCCGCGUUGGGAAUAUAUGUUUAUAAAGAAUUGAGCAACAAAACAUUCCAUUCUAAAGUUACUGAUGCAAUCGAUGUUAUCCUGCAGUCAUUAAAAUUCAACAACAAAGUAAUAGCUCAACUUGCUAGUAACAUCUUGUUUCUUCUUUGCGAUCAUGCCACGUUACUGUGGAACGAAUAUCCGAGACAAGGAAAUGCCAUUAUCAGUACUUUGUGCUCUGCGCUUUUCACCCAUGCUCCUUUGGGUUCCACAGCUGGGGAGAGCGACAAGGCGCUUGGCACAGCCUUGCUUCUUUGCCUUGGCGAGUGGUGUAUGAGGAUUGGACCCAAGAAGCUGUUGGAAACCUCUCAAUACGGCGAGAAUAGAGAGAGCAGCUUAUUGCUGCAAGUGUUCACAGUUCUGUUCAAAAUAGUCACUGGAAAGGCUUCGACAGAACAUCUCGGUGGACUCAGCCAGCCCUCCAUGCAAAACGAUUUCGACCCAAACAUUUUGUCCGACGAUUUGAAUAAGGUCACGUCUCCUGUCUCGUCUCCGUCCAAAAAUCAAGUGUGUCAGAGGACCAUCAAUCUCUGCGCGAAAACAGUUCUGACCCAUUUGGUAACACAUUUGGGUCAUUUCCCAAUGGCCAUCGGGGCUGCUAGACUGAGUUCCAUGGUGGUGGAGCAUGAUGACGUUCCCAAUUUGGGCUCUGACGAAUUAUCGCACAAUAUUUUUUCGGCUCCUAACAUACAGCUGUUCAUGUUCAAUCCUAACGUGAUUGCGAGCUUCAUCGAACUGCCAACCUUAGAUUUGCCAGGAGGAGGAGUGACUGCAGGUCUGUCAACUGCCGAUACUCAAGUUCGGGUUCUUUUGAGAGAUUUAUCCGGUAAAGCGAGUUGGGACGCUUCCAUCCUGUAUAAAAAGCCGGAUCAGGAGGAGGAACCCCAAGAACCUCCAACAGCGAGUCACAGAAAUGAGACUGAGCCGGCACAGUUGGAAAGUUUAAUGAUCGACAAUUUCCAGCACAGUUUACCGCAGAGAGCUAUGAGACACAGGCCACCCAGUGUACUUCCGGACGUUUCAAACAGUGCUCCCGAUUUGGAUCAACUGGAUGAUCUACUUCAAUACUUAGGUCACAGUAGUUCGGAAUGCUUAGAAAAUAUUCACCGUAAACUGAACGAACCUUCAGAACCUCCUGUCUCUCUCGAACUAGAGCAGGAGGCGAUUGCGUCUGUGAUAAAUCAAAGAAAUGUAGAAAUGGAUGAGUAUAGGUUGACCUCCCACUUGGAAUCCAUGGUUGGUCAACCUGCUGCACGACCUGACAGUAAAGGUGAUACAUCUAAUGCUUCUGUGGAAAUAACUAGUUUACAACAAGCUCCAAUGGGUAUAGUCGACCAAAAGGAAUUCCAACAGUGUCGACUGCUCUUUUCGCAACUCGGUUUAACUGGAUGGGACAAAAGACAACAACUGCAUUUACUGAAUAAGACUGAACGUUUAUUGAGGGAACUGAGGAAUCUAGAUGGGCAAUGCUGCAGGGAAACGCAUAAGGUGGCGAUAAUUUACGUUGGACCAGGUCAAGAAGACAAGAAUUCCAUAUUGUCCAAUCAAGGAGGCAGUGCACUUUUCGAACAAUUUCUAGCCUCUUUGGCUUGGGAGAUCGAGCUUGAAAACCAUACAGGUUUUCUCGGAGGUUUGCAAAGAGGGGGCUCCACAGGAUUGAGCGCACCGUAUUACGCUACUAGUUUCCUUGAAGUUAUAUUCCAUGUAGCUACUAGAAUGCCAAGUGAUAGUCCAGAAGCCGUACUUAAUAAGACAAGACAUUUGGGCAACGAUGAAGUUCACAUAGUAUGGUCGGAGCACAGUCGCGACUACAGGAGAGAUAUAAUUCCCACUGAAUUCUGUGAUAUAUUGAUUACUAUUUAUCCACUUGGGAAUGAUUUACAUAGAGUUACUGUUAAUUGCAAACCGGAUGUCCCACAUUUUGGAGUUCUUUUCGAUGAAGCCAUUGUGGAGACCAAUGUGUUGGCAGGUUUGGUACGCUCCACUGCAAUUUGUGCAAGUAGAGCCAAAAGGACCACCUUAACACAUUAUCAACAAUAUUAUGAGGAAAGAGCGAGAUCCCUGAGAACUGUAGUGUCUGAUCAUAAAGAAAGUACAAUCUAUGAAGAUUUUAUAUCGCGAGUGUACAGCCCAGUAUGUUCUUCUCUCUCCUUACUUGGAAAUUCUUCGGGAAGCGGAAUGACCAUAGAUUCCUUAUCUUGCUCAAGUUCUUCAACUUUAGCAGCGGCACUUUUGGAUUCUCACGGCCAUUCUCAUAGGUCCAGCCAGAAAGGAGAUCCGAAAGGAAAAGGCUCUGAUAUGAAUAAAGGAGUGUGGUUCAACAGUUCUGACAUCUCUCAAAACGUGGAAUCCACAAGUAUUUCUCCGCGACCUUUGAAGAAAAUCACCACCAGUUUGAAGAAUGUCCCGAGGAGGGUUCAUAAACAAGAAUCAUCAGAUACACCACCCGAAAGUCCGCAACAAAUGAUACGAAAAAAAUGAACUAACCACAGUCAAGAGGUGAACUAUUAGCAUUACUUCAUAUGAAAAUCGGAGGAACCAUCAACUUGUGUAUUAUAAAUAUCGAUUUGCAGUUGAAUGUUCAUGUUUAAGAUUCAAAAGUCUUAUUUACAUUUAGAGCAUAUCAUUUAAAAAUUCGUACUAAUGAAUCAAAUUUCUAAUUAGAUUAAUACUUCAAACACCAAAUUCAAUAAAAUCUAUUAAUAAUAAGUAUUUCAGAUAUGAAGCUAUAGGUACAAAUCGAUUAGAUUGGAAUAAUGCAGAGGGCGGGUUUGAAUACACUAUAUUCAGGUUUUUCAUCUACAGAUGCAAGCAUUUAGUUUUUUCUUUGAAUAAUCAAAGUGAUUAUCAAGUAUUCCACAAACAUUCGGAUAAGUGUACGCCAUUUUUAAAAUGUAGUUAUUUAUUUCAUUUUUAAAUUACAAACAGUAUCUAUUUUGUUAUGUUUGUUUAUUUAUUUAUAUUUGGACAGUAUUCACAACUGAAAAUUCGCUCAUAUUGCAAUAUUCGUCGAUGUUACAAUGUAUUUCAUAUUUUUUUAUGCGAAAAUAUAUAUAUAUUUAUAAAUAUAGUUAUAAGUGUUAAAAAAUAUUUUAUUUUCGAUGAUUUUGGCAAUUGGGGAGAAUUUUCGUGUUGUUCCAGUAUUAUUGCUGAUUGUAUGAAGUUUUAAUUCCAUGUUCUAAUGCAUAUAAGAAAGAAUGUGUAUAAUUGUAAAAUAUUUUCAUGAUGUACUUACUAUUGAAAGCUUUAUUAAUAAAAUUUAAUUAAUUACC